AUGACUGUCCCGCUGUCGCCCAUGCUUCGGACCGCCGUCUGGGUCGUUGUGGCCCCUCUGGGUCUCUACUUCACCUUUCUCGCCCUUGGCGCAUCGCCUUUCUUCCAACGACACUUCCUGUAUGCCCACAAGAUCAACACCCUCUGGUGGCGCGACGUCAAUGAGCCUGAGAGAUGGGGCUUUGCAAAGGGCCAAGUCACGCCUUUCUCUCUCGAGACCCCUGACGGUGUCAGCCUGUACGCAUGGCAUGUCAUGCCCUUGCCCGAGUACCUCAAGCAGGAAGAGAGGUUCUCGGCGCAGAGGUCCGGCUUCUGCCAUGACUUUACCCAGACCGAGUCCUUCAAGGCUUUGAAAGAAAACCCCGAUGCUCGGGUUGUGUUAUACUUCCACGGUAACGCAGGAGAUAUCGCUCAGAACCACCGACCAGGCAGCUACCACGUCAUCACCGACACCUCGUCGUACCACGUCUUGGCCAUCGACUACCGCGGCUUCGGCCACUCCACCGGCACUCCAUCCGAGCACGGCCUCAUCCAGGAUGCCGCAACACUCAUCGAUUGGGUCAUCAACACGGCCGGCGUGCCAUCCGAACGCAUCGUGCUCCUGGGCCAGAGCCUUGGCACGGCCGUGACGAGCGGCGUCGCCGAGCUGUACGCGUCCCAGGGCAUCGAUUUCGGCGGUAUCGUCCUCGUCGCGGGGUUCAGCAACCUGCCCAAAAUGCUGCGCGGCUAUCGCAUCGGCGGCAUCUUCCCCGUCCUCGGGCCCCUGAAGGUCUGGCCUGGCUUCCUCGAGUACAUGGAGUCCUUCAUCUACGAAAAGUGGCCGUCGGUCGACCGACUAGAGAGCCUAGUCAAGCUGAGCAAGAGGCGGCUUCGCCUGACGUUGAUCUCGGCUUUGGACGACGCCGACAUCCCCUGGACCGAGAGUAGUAAGCUCUUCCGUUCCGCUGCGAAUGCGACUGUUCCGGGCGGGCUUGACGACCACUCGUUCGAGGCGUGGAAGGAGGUGCGGACGAUCCGCAAAGGCAAGGAUGCCUUUGUUACGACAUGGACGGCGGAGCCCAACAUGAUUAUUCGCCAGGAACUCUUCCCCCACGGCGGACACAACGACAUUAUGGGAUACGCCCCGGUGAUUUUAGCCAUCAUGCGCUCCUUUGAUUUCGGAGGAACUGCUUAUGAUACAGCUAGUUCCGACACUGGCAGAACGUCGUAG